CCGAUGGAUUUAGGCACCAUUAAACAACGACUCAAUGACAAAUAUUACUUAAACGUCAAACAGUUUAUUGACGACAUGAAUUUGGUGAUUGAAAAUUGUAUUGAUUACAACGGAGCGAUUUCACCCGUUGGAAAAAUGGCUGCAAAGCUCAAAAAAUCCUUUGAACACAAAAUGAGUUUCUUGCCUCCAAAAGUCACAAUAUUCUUUUCAAAUAAAGAAGCAGAUGACAAUGCCACUUCUUCUGUCAGCGUGGCGCCUCAACCUACAAACAUCAAGAGGAAGAUUACGAAACCAACCAAUACUGCUGCUCCAGGACAACCAAAGAAUACAAUCUCCUUUGGAUUCAUUAACACAGUCGACUUACCCAGUGAAAUGAGAAAAAGAUCUCUGUCCGAAUCGUCUUCGUCCUCUUCCUCCAGCUCUUCUUCGUCAUCUUCUUCCAGUUCUGAUGAGGAAGUGGAUAUUUUGUUGACUCCUCCCAAAAGAAAGUGCCUUGAGAUCAAAAACCCCCGGAACAUAAUGUCACCAAAGCCUCUUGUACGCGUGCAACCCACUGUGCGGCAGCCUUCUUCUUCAAGCGAUGCAGUUCCAAUACCAAAGCAAGCCGAUAAUACUCAAGAAAAGGCUCCUGCGUCCCUGCCUGAUCACAAGCAACACGAAGAAGCAGUCAUUCCUAUUCCAAAGAGCAAGCAGUUCGCUCCAAAAGAUUCAGCAAGCAGUUCAUCAAUGGAUCCACCACCAGUUGACCCGAGAAAAGAGCCAAGAGAGAAGAGAAGGCCUCGUCAGUCGCAAAAUUACGUGGCAAGACCGAUAAUCUACACAGCGGAGGAUGUAUACAGAGGAGAGACGUUAAAUAACAUCGCAUGGAGACUUAUACCGAUAGAAGAGUCGACGGCUGGGAUUAGUGUUCUGGAUGUUUCUUCUCUGAUUGCUGCAUUCGAGAAAAAAUACGACAUAAAAUAUUACACUCAGUUUGUUGCAUAUGACAAGGUUGGAAAUUGCAGCGACCACCGACUUCCACAUGAAUCUAGCUGUGAAUGUAGCGAAUUUUGCUUAAUGAAAAACGUAAAUCCCAGAUUUUUGUUGCAAAAAUAUUGAAAAAUUACAGAAAUGCUAAAGUUAGGAUUAUUUGAGUGAUAUGAAUGCUCCUUUUUCGGACCUUGAAGCAGUAUUUUGCCUUUAAAAUAAUUUAAAUUGAGUUGCUGCGAUCCAGGAUUAAAUUGUUGACUUGUGAACCUCCUCUACUUUUUAUAUAUUUAUUUUUUAUU